ACGGAUCCGGUUGAGCGGGAAAAGCUCGCAGUGCAUUGCCAGGUGUACAAUGACAAGGUAGCCAAACACUUUCACCAACAUCUGGAUAACUUGGAGAAACUGCAGAAGGAUUACAAAGAUGCGGUUAUCUGUUUCUCUCGGCUCAUCGGACAGAAGGCGGGACUCUACCGCCGCAUGUAUGAACCGGACUGCCGCUCUCACCUGAAAGUUAAACUGAAAGAAGAGGUUGCCUGGAUACAUUGUUUGUACGUCAGACUGUAA